AACAUUGCAUGCACAGAACCUUCAUGGAGCUGAGUGGACUCACAUACCUGCUCCACUCAACAUGGAAGCUAACAUCGUUGUGAUGGGUACAGAGAGUGUGGGCAAGUCAGCGCUUACCGUUCGGCUGUUGACGAGGAGAUUCAUAGGAGAGUAUGGAGACAUUGAAUCCGUCUACACUCAUCGAUUCAUAGUAGAUGGGAGGGAAAUUGCUGUUAAUAUUUGGGAUUCACCUUUUUCUGAGGAUGUCUCCUUGAAGACGGCACUCUUCAAAAGGAAAGUCCAGUGGGCCGACAGCUUCAUCCUUGCCUAUAGCAUUUGCGACCGUGCCAGCUUUAAUGCUGUCACCCGCCUGUUGCACGUCAUCAAAUCCGUCAGAGGAUGCACGCACGCCGACAAAGAGCCCUCCGUGGUCAUCGUGGGCAACAAGCGUGACCUCCACCAUCGUCGGACCGUGCUGAGCGAGGAGGGCCGCCUCCUGGCCCUCAACGCCGGCUGCCUCUUCUAUGAGGUGUCGGCGGCAGAGGACUACCACGGCGUGCUGGCGGUGUUUCACGGGUUGCUGGAUAGUAUGAAGGACGCCAAGCUGAGUGCCAGGAGGCCAUGCAUGGGACUCAAGGGCAUCGUGAAGAGCGUGUCAGCCGUGUUUGCCAGACGACGAACAGACUCCAUUUAGGAGACUUGUGUACAUCCACUGGAUUUAUGUCACAUGUUGUGGUGCCAAAGACCUCUUUUACCACCAAAGCCUGAAGACACAAGGAAACAACACAGACGUUAAACUCAUACUAGUGACCUACUGUACAAAUUCAUAUGCAUCAUACAACAAAGGUAUGGUUUAUUGUUAUUGUGGUAACCAAAAUAUUAGGGACACCUCUAAGUCCUUCUACAACCACAAUAAUAACAAUACGUGUUGUUAAAUCAGCAUGAUUAUCUUUAAGUUUCUCAUUAAGAUAUUGUAACCUGACAUCUCUCCCCCAAAGAUUGUCUCAUUCCACAGGCAGAGUGGCAACUAAUGAACUGUUUUGCCACCAGACAAUGACCUAUUGAAUGACCUAUUGUUAUGCGGGACGGUCGUUCACCAGCCAUGCCAGGCAACAAUAUCAACCCUAUUGUGACACACCCACGGGGGAAAUAAAUAGGUAGACUCCACACUUAAAAAUCUUGAACUGAAGAAGCCUUUUGGAUUAAAGGUGAAACGCCUUCAAAAAACAGUCCAGUUGCCUCCAUUCAACCAUUAUUGUGUAUAAGCAUGUGCAGGUGUAGCUCAUGAAGUAUGCAGCCAAUGUCCAAUGAAAUGAUAUAGUGACAUAGUAAAUGACAUAGUAACUCGAAAUGCAACAGACACUUUCUGGACACAACAUUAGGCACACCUUCACAAUCCAAUAACAAUAACACAUUUAAACGAUGUGGCUAUUAUUGUGACUGUUCUGCCAAGUGUACCUGGCAACCAAAAUAUGAGAAACACCUCAUCAAGAGUGCACUUCUAGGACCACAAAAAUAAACGUAUUAAAUAUUAAAUUAUAUUGUGUUAAAUAAUAAUAUAAUUUAAAACAAUUAUAUGAAAAGACCUGGGUUCGAAUCUCCUGUGUUCUCCCGUGCGUGCGUGGGUUUUCUCCGGGUACUCCAGUUUCCUCCCACAUUCCAAAAACAUGCAUGUUAGGUUAAUUGGCGACUCUAAAGCGUGAAUGAUUGUCUAUAUGUGCCCUGUGAUUGGCUGGCGGCCAGUCCAGGAUGUACCCCUCCUCUCGUCUGAAGUCAGCUGGGAUAGGCUCCAACAUAGCCCAGCGACCUUAAUGAGAAUAAGCGGCAUAGAAAGUGAAUGGAUGUAUGGAUAAUUACAUGAAAUGAAAACUUCUCUACUAUCUUCACUAUUAUUAUUCUAAUUAGCUCUGGAAUACCUAACGAAGCAUCGACACUAUGAGAAAAAACAACUCACAGUAUAUAUAUGUGUUGCACAUGCCAAAGAAACUACCCUGUCAUGUGUGAACACAAGAACUUCAACCAUCAUAUUUAAACAUGUUGCUGUCAUUUUAAACAUUGUAUGUUAUAUUUGUGAGCUCUGGUGCUCCAAGUUGUAGAAAGUGCUUUGAGCUUUUUACAAAUGGGACUGAAAUAAACG